CAAUUUUUUAUAAUCUUUAAGAUGCAUAAAUGUUGUUUAACAUGUAAAACCUUAUUAGAAUAAUUACCAAUUACUCGCUUAGGCAAAUUUUCUAGUAUAAAAGCACCAUCGUUUUAUACAUAAAGUUAAUCUUAUCAACUCAUCAACUUCAUCAACUAACUACUACAAUGAAUGUAGAAUCAACCUUCAUUUUCGAAUCUGUUGAUCGAAAAAAGUUAUCCAAUAAACUAUUAGUGGUGAUGUUAAAAAAUUUGUUCAAAUUUGGAAAGAAGGAUAUUAAAAUAGUACAGGGUAGAGUUCACCUCUACCUCUCUUACUCGCCCCGCAACGAAAUAGUUGCACAAAAAGUGAAGGGCUUACUCGUAAAAUAUUUACGGGUGGCAGCUAGUGAUGAAGAGGAGCUACAACUGUUCCUCAAGGCUAUGCGGGAGUUUACAGAGGUAAACUUUUACCAAGCUGUGGAACUGGAAGAGGAUGAACGUCACGCUUUAACGGACGGUAGAGAUAAAGAGGAACCGAAUAAAAAAAAAUUAAAAUUUUGGAAAACCGAACAUUCCGAGACUCUACUACUACUACAGCUGGACCAUCCCAAUUAA